AGGAACCAUACUUGGGGCGGGGCCUGGUGCGUGUACGAAACCGUGGCGCCAGCUGCAUGAAGAUGGCGGUCCUGCCGCUGAAAGGUUCUUCCGGCUAUCCAAAGCUGCGGGAGGGCGACUUUUGUGAUGGCACUAAGAUGACUGACGAACCUUCUUUUACAAUUUCAAUGGAGUGGGACACGCAGGUGGUGAAGGGGUCCUCGCCGAUUGGCCCCGCGGCGCUGGGGAUCGAGGAGCCGCUAUCCGGCCAGCGGCUACCGUCAUGGCUGCUGCCCGAGAGGUGCGCCGUGUUCCAGUGCGCGAAAUGCCACGCUGUGCUUGCUGACUCGGUGCACCUCGCCUGGGACCUGUCGCGGUCCCUCGGGGCCGUGGUCUUCUCCAGAGUCACAAAUAACGUCGUUUUGGAAGCUCCCUUCCUCGUUGGCAUUGAAGGUUCACUCAAAGGCAGCACUUACAACCUUUUAUUCUGUAGUUCCUGUGGGAUUCCCAUUGGUUUCCAUCUGUAUUCUACCUAUGCAGCCCUAGCUACCUUGAGAGGUCACUUCUGCCUUUCAAGUGAUAAAAUGGUGUGCUAUCUCUUAAAAACAAAAGCCAUAGUAAAUGCAUCUGAAAUGGAUAUUCACAACAUGCCUCUACCAGAAAAAGUUGCGGAGCUUAAAGAGAAGAUAAUGUUAACGCAUACUCACUUAAAUUUACUCAUGGAGAUUCUGAAGGAAGUGACUUCUGACCAGUCCAAGCCAGAAAACUGAUCCAGAACCAAAGCAUGAGUUUCAAUGUCAGGCCUUACUGCGGUCUUCAACAAUAGGUGCUGUUUGAUCAUUUCUUGAGAAAGACUGACUUCAAAAAUCGAUGAAAAAUGUGGUUUAUUAUGUUUGCCUCUAGGCUGAUUUUUCCAAAUGAUUUGUGAAGCUUUUUCUAGAAGAUGAGAAAUUAAGGAAGCUUCUGUCCAGGUUUCAUAGUUAUUUGCCUUAUGAACUUAUUUUAGCCCCUUAGCAGUUUCAUAAUACUUAUUUCUGUAAACAUCUUUAACUAUAAAUUUAGGGAUUAAGAAGCAAUGUCCUAUGAAUGCUCUGACCUAAAGAUGUAUGGUUGGUCUGAAAAUAAAGUUGUACUUAAUGCUGAC